AGCCGCGCCGCCAUGGCUUCGUCUCCUUCCCAGGUGCGCCAGAACUACCACCAGGACUGCGAGGCGGCCAUCAACCGGCAGAUCAACCUGGAGCUUUACGCAUCCUACGUGUACCUCAGCAUGUCCUACUACUUUGACCGUGAUGACGUGGCUCUGAAGAACUUUGCCAAGUACUUCUUGCACCAGUCCCGUGAGGAGCGCGAGCAUGCAGAGAAACUUAUGAAGCUGCAGAACCAGAGGGGUGGUCGUAUUUUCCUACAGGACAUCAAGAAACCAGAUCGUGAUGAUUGGGAGAGUGGGCUGACGGCAAUGGAGUGUUCUUUGCACUUGGAGAAGAACGUGAACCAGUCUCUGCUGGAACUGCAUAAACUGGCAACUGAAAAAAAUGAUCCUCAUUUAUGUGAUUUCAUUGAAACGCACUAUCUGGAUGAGCAGGUCAAAUCUAUCAAGGAGCUGGGUGAUCAUGUGACCAAUCUGCGCAAGAUGGGGGCACCACAAUCUGGAAUGGCAGAGUACCUGUUCGACAAGCACACCCUGGGGGAAAGUGACAAUGAGAACUAGAAGCCUGCCAUUAAUGCCUCACUGGGACUCGAGUUUUUUGUUUGACCUUGCAUGUGUCUUUGGUUUAUCCCUAACACUGUCCAUGACUGUAAAAAAAAUCAAUUUUUGUUGUAGCUCAUGCCCAAUAAACUGACUUGGUUCCAAAAAAUA